GCAUUAUUUAGUGCCUUUUCGUAGGCAGCGCACUGUUAAAUAAAAAAACAUAUGCUUGCAAUUAAUUCAUCAACAAUCGUGCGAACAAGUUGUCUGCGGGCGGACCGUGCGCAUUUUGUUUUAAUAUUAUUUAUUUCCUUGCCGCAGGAAGUAAAUCAUUAAUCGCAGAUCCACAAUAAGAAGUCGGUUAACCAGCUGCUAUGGACCACGCCCAUCACAGUGCGCCCGGUGUUGAUCACUCGAUGCAUCACGAUCAUGUGGGCAUGCACCACGAUCACAGCGGUAUACCUGCUGCGACAGCGUCUCCAAUGGAUGCAGCUUCCAUGUUCGACCUGAUCCCCGAUACCAGCGAUUUGCAGGCAAGUCACGCGGGUCACGCCGCUCACGGAGCGCACAAUCAUGGCGGUGGCUCUGGCACGGGAAUGGAGCACAUGAUGCCCAUGGCGUUCCAUUUUGGCUACAACGAGACGAUCCUGUUCUCCUGGUGGCACAUCGAAACAGUGGCCGGUUUGAUCGGCUCCAUGAUCGCCAUCUUCCUGCUGGCCCUAAUGUACGAGGGACUGAAGUACUACCGCGAGUAUCUAUUCUGGAAGACAUACAAUCUGCUGGAAUAUCGACCUGUGACGGGGCCACAAAGAAAUCCGGAGGCACCGCGCAUACCAUCGCCGGCAGCGGCAGCUCCAUCGCCCGUUCAACCUUCGAUGCUGUCGAUUAACCACCUGCUCCAGACACUGCUGCACGUGCUCCAGGUGACGCUGUCCUUCCUGCUCAUGCUGAUCUUCAUGACAUACAACGUGUGGCUCUGCCUGAUGGUUGUCCUGGGCGCCGCCGUUGGUUACUUCCUCUUCUGCUGGAAGAAAUCGGUUAUCGUGGACGUAACCGAGCACUGUCACUAACAGAGAACGACUCCCGGUAGCCUAAGUCGCUGUUGUCUUACCGAGAUGGAAACGGAGACGGAGGCGUUGGAGGAGCAAAUGUCCAUCUGAAUGAAAGGCAGAGGCAUUGGUGCUAAGCUGGGAAUCCCAGGAAGCUCUCAUCCCCACAGGAAACGAACACACGCAUAUAUACACACGAUCGCACUUCAACAAACCUUGCAGCAAUUGCAGCUGUUCUCUAGGUAUUAGCCUAUAAACUAAACUAAAUCGAUGCAACCGCGCUGCAUCGUUUACAAUCUUUAAAAUAUUGACAUCAAGAUCAAGAUAGUCUAUGCUAUUAGUAAAGAAAAAAGUGUAAUUAUAUAAAAGAGAACAAAUUGAGCGACUGGCUAGCGAAUUGUAUAAAGUUAAGCAAUGCAAAUAUUAUUUUUUCCGUUGCUACUCAAUUUAUAUAUGUAUGUGCGCAGGAUUCCCCCAAAAAGCAAAUAUUUUUUUUUGAUCAUUACUACUGAUAUACACCAUUUUGUAAACCAAUUAUACGAUUAUGAUUAUUAUUAUUUUGUAAUAAACUUCAUUGUUUUUAUAUAAAUAUAUAUAUAUAUAAGAUAUAUAUUUCACUUUUGGUUUGUUAGUCCCACAAAAAGACAACACUGUUAAAUUUGGCUUCCUUGUGAAAUGUUGACUUGGCCGCGAAUGUUUUAAGGCUUGAUUGAGUGUAUGCUUCAACAGUGCGUUUCAUGAGUGUAAUUGGUGUAUGCAAAGGUUAGCAUCGAUUUAUGCUCUGCAUUUACGUGUUGUUCAGGUUCAACUGAUAUUACCUUAGGCUCGAAAACAGUUACUGUAUUAUUCAAUUAAUUUUAACUGCUAAUUGUAAAUUGUUGUCUGUUUGUUUUUUUUUGCAAGUUGACUCCGUAAAAACAGUCGUACGAUUUUUGCUCAAUCCGAAAAUGGCUGUUGUGAAAUUGCUUUCCUAAACGAAUGGCCGGCCAUCCCAAGUGCAUAUAUAUUUACAUACUAUGUACUGCCUUAAUGUCCCGAAACGCACUGUAAGCAGCAUAUGUUCACCUGAUCCAUUGAAGUGCGUAAAUAGAUGUUGUAGAUAUUAAACUUAAUGCAAAUACAUACAGUAAAGCGACAAGAAAUUUAUAAAUACUAUUAAUAUUAAAUAUAUAUUAAAUCUACAUAUACAUACAUUAAUGAAUAAACAAACACAAUAUUGUUACAACUG